AUGGAGACGAGUAGUAUCAGUCCUCUUGUUAUUAAUGAAUAUUUUGAUAAAGUUUAUGCAUUUAUAGAUUACGAGAAUACAGUACCUCAACAACAUUUUAAAUUCGUGCGAAAUUGGAUUCUCAAUGAUAAAUCAAUUAGCGAAAUGAAGAAAACUCAUUUAAUAAAUGCUUUGGAUGAUCGUGAAGAAAAAUGGAAUGCUUCUCAACAGGAAGGAGAAGAAUAUAUGUGUGAUAAUUGUCAAAGCACGAUUCACGCCAUUCAAUACUGUGAAUUCUGUAUUAGAAAUUACUUAAAAGAAUGCUUUGAUAUUUGGACUUCAGGAAAUGAUGAAAUAGAUAAAAUAAUUCAAGAUGCUCAAUUGAAUGCAACUUCACCUGAUUCAAUUAUUGAAUGGGUUCCUUAUGAAAAUUAG